AUGCCCGCCGACUAUGGAGCUGCUUCUCCCCCACGCGCCUCAUCGGCAUCGUCCACCAUUGCCCCGGUCGAUCCCCCCAAAGAUGGACACGCUUCAGUAACCUCAUCAGUCACCAACCUCAGCAACACCAUUCUUGGAGCAGGCGCUCUGGCGUUUCCUUCAGCUUUGGCUGCUAUGGGUAUCGUACCCGGCAUGCUGUCAUGUCUGUCCUCCGGCAUGAGCGCCAUGUUCGGGCUCUAUCUCUUGAGUCGGUGCGCGACUGUCGUCGGCACUAGACCAGGAGACGAGGGGAGGAAGGCGAGCUUCAAUGAAAUAGCAAGGCUCACCUUUGGCAAAGGAUGGGCCACUAAAGUAUUCGAUCUAGCUAUUGCUUCCAAAUGCUUUGGCGUGUCCGUGUCCUACCUCAUUAUCUGCAAGACGCUCUUACCACAAGUCUGCCAGACUGUGGCUCAGAUCGUUCAUCACCCAUUAGCUGAGGAUUCCAUUCUUCUUGCUUCCCAUUUCUGGCUCUUUGUCUGGCUGGUCAUCAUCACUCCUUUGUCUUUUAUGCGUACACUGGACUCUUUGCGUUUCACCAGUCAGAUCGCCCUUCUGACUGUAGUUUACCUGGUGCUCGUCGUCGUAGGAUGGUUUAUUUUCAAAGGUCCCAGCCCUCAGCGAGGUGAGGUCGUCUUCUUCAAGCUCAGCUCCAACAGUCUGUCGAGUUUCCCAGUCCAAAUCUUCGCCUACACAUGUUCCCAGAACCUCUUCCCCAUCUACAAUGAACUCAAGGACAAGACUCAGAAAAGGAUGAACACUGUGAUCGGAACAUCUAUUGGCUCUGCUAUCGUUGUCUAUCAGAUUAUUGGAUUGUUUGGUUACCUCACCUUUGGCAGCAUCGUGAGCGGCAACGUCAUCUCCAUGUAUCCCGCCACAACCCUUCUCGUCGCUGUCGGCCGCCUUGGUAUCGUUCUCCUUGUCGGCCUUUCAUAUCCACUUCAAGUCCUCCCCUGCCGAUCUUCCCUGCGGCACCUUACCCAUAGCUUUUUCAAGCAUCACGAAGCUGCUGGCGGCGUCGAUGAGAGCUCUUUCAGUCGGAGGGUCAGGGACGAAGAGGAGAGUGAGGAGGGAGAAGAAGGAGAAGAGGAUGCGCUUGUGCCCAAGGGACAUGGCCAAGUCAAGCAUGAAAUGCCUCCAGCGCAAUUCAUUGCCCUUACCUUGGGCAUCCUCUUCUUUGGAUUCCUCAUCGCUUACAACGUCCACGAGCUCGAAGUCGUGCUCGCGUUUGUCGGCUCGACCGGCUCGACAAUCAUCUCCUUCAUCCUGCCCGGCUUCUUCUACUUCCGUCUCUUCCGGGAUGAGCCGGGGUCGACCAAGUGGUGGGCAUUGUUCUUGGGGAUCUAUGGAAUUGGAGUGAUGGUGUUCUGCUUGACAUUCAAUGUCCUCAAUCUGGUCAGGGGAUAG